UGAGGCGACUGUUUUGGCAGAGGUAAGCAGGGCGCGUCGCGCAAAGGAAGUUGGUGGGGGUGGGAAACAUCGAGGGGAGACGCCUUUCAAAAUUGGAUUAGGCUGGUAUUUAUGAUUAACAAGUGGUUGCUUGCCAACCAUGCAGAAGUCCUGAUUUGGAAUCAAGGUGCAUGCCUAUGGUGCAGGAAGAGGCGCAGCAAAACUUGCACAUGUAAUCAUAAUGGCUAAGGACUGGAGAACGGAAGGCUUUUGUCUGGUCUUGCCCCGGCCCACUCAUGCGGCCUGCAGCUACAACCACUGACAAUACAAGCUUAGGGAAUAUUACCGGCCUCCUGGGAAAAGGUAAGCAGUGUAACACGCUACACCAGCAGAGCACGUAGCCAGGAACAGACUACAAACGGGAGCGGGCUUGAUCUAAUCGUCGUGAAUAUAACACAACUGCUGGCUUAAUUUUUUUUCUGACGUUGAAAGGACUAACAAAUCGUCGGCAACAUGAUUCGCGACCCGACUAUCGACGGAACGAAGGUAAACUACGUGGUGUUGCCUAGCCAGGAUAAGGACUAAUGGACGCAAACCGACAACAUCAACGUCUCUACCGACGAGGAGAAGACGGCCAUGAGGCUGGACGACUACUCUCGCGAAGUCCUGGCAUGGAAGCAGAAAUACGAGAGACUAGAGGUAACAGUGAUGUCCAAGGACAGCGAGAUAUUCGAACUGAACAGUAGGGUGACUCUGUUCGAGGAAAUCAGGACCGAGAGGGACGAACUGCGAGUCGAACUGGAGAAGAUGCACGUGCAGCUGACGGAGACGCAACGAUCUGAGGCUACCAAUAGGAAGACUUGGGAGGAAGAGCUUGCCGGCAUGAAGAAGAGACUAGCGACGACGGAAGCUGAAAGAAACAAACUAACAGAAGAACUAACAAAGGCUAAUAAAGACCACGAAAGCUGCUACACCAUAAAGAUGGAAUUGGAGACAACUAUCACUGAGUUAACGGCAGAACUCAGCAAGUGGCAGAAGCAUGCGGAUGACCUUCUAGCUAUAAGACUCAAGCUAGAGGAGGACAACGAGAAGUUGACUGCUGACCUCACGAAGGAGAAAAAUGAGAGUAACAGUCUAAGAUCGGAAAGUUCUCAGAAACAAGAAAAGGAUAACCGCAAGGUGGCAGAUCUCGAGGCCCAGCUGGAGACGCUGAGGUCAGAGAAAGAAGUGAUAGUGACGGAAAGAGAUAAGCUGAAGAUGGAGCUUAACGACCUUCGUGGAAAGAUGGGCGAGUUUGAAGCUAACAUAAAAGUGAUGGAGGUUGAGCUGGUGUCCAUCAGGUCUGAGAAAUCGACCUUGGAGAUGACGUUGGUAUCAGAGAGGAAAGAAUGGGAGGCAAGGCUGAAAAUGCUGGAGACGAAAAUCUCAGUCUUGGACAAAGAGAAACAAUCAUUAAAUGACAAGCUGAAAGAGGCCAACAAGGGAAUGGAAAGUCUUAAAACUGAGAGGCAAAAUCUUGAGAUGUCGCUUAAGACGGAAAAAGGUGGCCUAGAGAGCCACGUGGAGGAGCUGCGCAAACAGAUAAAGGUACUUGAGGAUGAGAAGACAAAGCUGACCGAGGAUGUAGCCCAGAACAUAGUAAACAUUGACACGUUGAGGGUACAAGUCACUAGUCUGGAGGAGUCGAACGCUUCAUACAAACAGGAAUGGGAAGCAGACGUUGCGUCGCUGAAGGUCAAGUUGUCAGACCUUGAGAUGGAAAGGAACAAACUUAUCGAAGAACUCACACUGCUUAAAACAGAGUACACAACAUACAAGACUGAACAAGAAACUAUUCGCAGCAGGCUGGAAAGCGAGCUAACAAUGGUUCGGGGAGACUUUGAAAGUCUUAAAGUAGAGAAAGCUACUCUUGAGACGGCCCACUCUUCUGGUCAGACUGAUUUGGAUGAUCUAAGGAGGAAGCUUGCAGAGUUGGAGUCGGAGAGGGACAGACUAGAAAGUGACCUAACAAUGGUUCGGGGAGAUUUUGAAAGUCUUAAAGUAGAGAAAGCUACUCUUGAGACGGCCCACUCUUCUGGCCAGUCCGAUUUGGAUGAUCUAAGGAGGAAGCUUGCAGAGUUGGAGUCGGAGAGGGACAGACUAGAAAGUGACCUAACAAUGGUUCGGGGAGAUUUUGAAAGUCUUCAAGCAGAGAAGGCUACUCUUGAGACGGCCCACUCUUCCGGUCAGUCUGAUUUAGAUGACCUGAGGAGGAAGCUUGCAGAGUUGGAGUCGGAGAAGAGCAAACUGCAAGGAGACCUCACUAACCUACAGGACAGUUACGCAAGCCUGGAAGCUGACAAAGCAGACUUAGAAGGGAAGUAUGCAGACCUGGAAGGAGAAAAGACCCGACUAGAAGGAGAGCUGUCUGAGACCAAGGAUGACAUGGAGAGCCUGCAGUCUGAGAAAGAGAACCUCUUGGACUCUCAGUCCACGGGGCAAUCUCAAAUGGACGACCUGAAGAUGCGUUUGGCUGAGCUGGAAGCAGAGAGAGACCGUCUACAGGCUGAACUCAAUACUCUACAGGGGGAGUUUGAGACGCUGAAAGGUGAGAAGGAUAGCCUGGACACCAGGUUUGCAGAUCUAGAAGCAGAGAGGGAUCGUCUGGAGGGCGAGCUGACAGAGAUCAAAGAAGACUUCAGCAGUUUGAGAAGCGAGAAAGAGAGUCUGGAAACAUCAACUGCGUCAGAACAGGACACGUUCAAGAACGAGGUGGAAGGUCUCAAUACGCAGAUUACCAAUCUUGAGGCCGAGAGAAAUAAGUUCGAAGAAGAGCUUGCAGAACUGAAGGAAAAGUUGGACAGUUUGUCGUUCGAAAAGGAAGAACUGGAGUCAUCUUACAAGACGCACAAAGACGAAAGUGAAGCUGAGAUAGCUGACUUGAAGAACAGGAUUUCCGACCUCGAAGGAGAGAAAGAAGGUCUUGAAGAUGAUCUGAAACAAUCGAAGGAAGACUUUGAGAACCUGCAAAUAGAAAAGGAAGACACAGAGCAAUCAUUGAAUGACGAGAUAAACCAGCUUAAGGCUCAGCUUGAGGACCUCAGGCUGAAGAUAAGCGAACUGGAUGGUGAAAGAGAGCGAUUACAAGUACAGUUGAAGGAUGUUAGAGAGGAAAACGAAACACUGCUUAUCCAGACCGCUACGUACGAAGAUCAGUUACACGAUCACCUUAACCAGUCCCAAGAGGCCGGUAAUGAUAUAGAAAGGCUUGGUGAAGAAAAGUCAUGGUUACAGAGCGAGCUUGAAAAGCUUAGGUCAAAGAACGCCGAACUGGUCGUAGAGAACCGAGAGAUCAGCUCUCGACUCAAAGUGUCAGAGAAAGAGCUCAGUAAAUCUAUCCAGGAAAAAGACGACCUAGCAUCACAGCAAAAAAGGUGGGAGGAUGAAGUUGAACGCCUAAAACGUCUGCUAGAUCAGCUCAAUUUGGAGAUAGAACGAUACCUGUCUGAAAUAGAUAGGCUGAAGACAGUGCAAGACGAGGGGAAGACAAAAGAUGACGAGUUGAGGGCUGCGCUCCAGAAGAUAGAUGAUCUGACUGAUGAGAAUGAUCAACUACAGCGCACCUUGGACACGCAAGCUGAAAAGGAGGCGAGGCUACGGCGUGAGCUGGAAGAUGAGCUGGCACGUGUCAAAGAGCAUCUGGAGAGAGCAAACAAAGACCGUGAGGAACUGGAGGGGAAAGUUAAGGGACUUCGUAAUGAACUUCAAGACAAACUACAAGUCAAGAUGGCGAUGGAAGAGUACCAAGCAAAGAACAAGGAUCUCCAGGCUGAGAUUGACAGGCUCAAGAAGGAUCUUGAGGAGGCGAAGCGCCGCCAGACAGAGCUGAGGCAGAAACUGCAAGUCACAACAACACAGCUGGAGGGCCAGGGAGAGGCAUCGAAAGAGCUGAACGACGAGAAGCUAAAAGUGCAGAACUUGAUGGCUGAAAUAGAGAGGAUGAAGCGGGACCUAAAGACAGCAGAUGCUCUUCGAGAGGAACAGGAAGGCAAGAUAUUGGCCUUACAAGAGGAACUCGAUGCCGCCAAGGAUAAACACCUAGAGUAUGAGAGAGAAAUAGACAGGCUAAAGGAGUUGGAAGACGAACUGCAUACCGUUAAAAUGACUUUGGAGGAAACUCUCACGAUCCGAAGGGAACUGGAGGUGUCUCUGGAAGCUACUCGACAGGAGAUCCACAUCACCAAGAUGGAAAUCACACAGAAGGAGGAGGCGGCCAACACAUUGAAGAGGUCGAUGGCGGCUGAUAAGGACCGGCUGCAGUCGGAUCUUGACAAUAUGCGGCAGGAGGGAGACGAGAUGAGAGACGAACUGGACAAACUGAGAAGGGAACUGGAAAACGCAAACAGGCUGAGGGAAGAGGCAGAGCAAAAGCUGGCUGAUGGCGCUCAGGAGCUGGACGACCUGAAGGGGCAACUGGAAACGUUUGAAGGGAAUAAUGAGAGAGCGGACGAGCUGGAGUCUGAAAUAGAUCGCAUGAAGAGGGACCUGCACCUGAAUUCAACUCUGAAGAUCGAACUGGAGCAGAAAUCGAGCGAGUUGGAGAUGCGCAUACAGUCCCUGAUCGAGGAACUGGACGAGAGCAGGAGGAAGGAAAAGGAAGCCAUGAAGAAAUACCAGCUAGAAUCCAACAGAUGCCUUGAGUUGGAGGAGGAGGUUGUGCGAGUGAAAAAGGAGGUUCGAAUCGAGUUGGAGUCCAGAAUCAUCCAACUCAAAGAGGAGCUGGAAAACAAACUAAGAUGCGAGAGAGAGCACCAGGAACAGCUUGAUAUUUCAAGACGAGAUAUUGAUCUCGAGUUGAACAAACUCAGAAUGCAACUGCAAGCUGCACAGAAGGAGAAUGAUCAGAUGAAUGCUACCAUUCAGCAGCAGGUGACACAAAUACAAGCGGCUGAAACGACUAAGGCAUCAUCUGGCCAACAGCAACAGGAUCUUCAGGACGAGUUGGAUCGCCUCAGACAGCAACUGAACGAUGCGAACACAGCUGUCCUGAACCUGAACGGCCAGUUGGAGAGCGCGAAGGACGAAGUUGACGGAAAGAACAACGAUCUGCUAUUGAAACUCCAACAAAUGGAGCUGAAAGGUGACGAAGAUGAUAAGGAAAGGAAGGAUCUACAGAAUGAGAUUGACCGUCUGAAAAAGGAACUAGCGGACGCCAACAAUAAGAACAUGGAACUUUCAUACCAGCUGGGUGCAGCAAAGGAUGAUUUAGAACGAAAGACCCAGGAAAUGACCACCAUGAUAACAACUAUGAAGGAAACCGUGAUAGUGCAGCCGCAGGACAACUCAGAUCUCCUGUCAGCCUUGGGCGACCUGAAGAAGCAGUAUGCAGACCUUGCAAACAAAAAGGACGACGACAAGGACGAUUGGUACAAAGAUAAGUUUGAUGAUCUCACUAAGCAACUACAAAAGGCAAACGACGCACUGCUGGCGGCUAAAGAAGAGAUCUUGAAUCUGAACAAACAGCUUGGAGAUUCUGAUGAUGAGGUCGAAGCUCUUAGGAAGCUGCUGAAGGAGCUGGAAGGUCAGCUGGCGGAGAAAGAAAAGGAGGCAACAACUGGGGCUGAUCAAGCUGAGAAGGAUCUGGAAGAGCUGGAGACCAAGCUGGUCCAGGCGGAGGAAGAUGCCGCCGAUCAGAUCAUGGAGCUGGCGCUGAAGAACAUGGAGCUUCUGAACGCGAAGAUGGACGCGGACAGAGAUAACUGGAUCUACAAGGACCUCCUGGCAGAUGAGAACGGAAAACUGAUAUUGGAGCCGAUCUCCCCAUGGACCUUCAUGCAGACAGUCAUCCCAGAGAUACAGAUUGAGGAGAUCACCAUCAUCUCCGAGGAAGCGGUGGAGAUGACGGAAAUCAAGGAGGUCAAGAAGGGAGAGGAAAUCAUCAAGAUCAAGGAGGGGGAGAAGGUCAUGGUCAAGGUCAUCGAAGAGGCAGGAGAGAAGGUCAAGAUAACGCAGAUUAUCGACGCAGCUGGAGCGCUAGUAUUGGAGAUCAGAGAGGAACUGCACAUGAAGACGACUGAGCCGGGCUACCUUGGCUACAAGAUGAUUGAAGUGGAAGAGCGGUCUGAUGUCUUCAAGAGUACCCUGGAGAAGUUCAUCUUCUACCUUAUCAACCGUCAAGACGGGCAGGCGUUGGGCGUGGUGUCUGGGGAGGGAGUCACGGAGUCAGAGAUAGCGAUCAGGUCUAAGGCUGACGGGAAAGAGCAGCUAUGGUCCUUCACGAACGGCAUGAUCAUCAACCGGCUGAACAACUUGGCCUUGGACGUGCCGGGAGCAAACGCUAAGGAUGGCGUCAAGGUGGUGGCCACCCAGCCCGUACCUGGGAAGAAGAGUCAGCAGUGGGUGCUCCAUGGAGACGGGUUCAUCCGCACAGCUCUACAGGACAGCCUGGUCCUGGACAACAGUGACGGCACCCUCGCCCUGAAGUCCAAGAUUCCCAACGCCGCCGAGGCCAAGGUUCAGGAGUGGGACCUGGUCAUCCUGGGAGACACAGCCGAGUUCAACAGACAACUCAAGAUCUCCGAGGAGAUGAUCAUGGAAAUGUCCAGGUCUUAGGAUAGACCUCGUUACUGUCUUAAGACGUCCUUCCAUAUAACUUAAUUAAGAACAUAAUUGAUGAGUAAUGUCACUAAUUGUGGUGCUUAUGGGGCAAUAUUUAAACCUCAAACUUUUGAAGAGCUAUUGACCCAUGAAAGUGGCUUAUCAUAUAUCGAGUCGAGCCAUUAACUUAUAAAGUACUCAGUAUCUAUCCAAAGCUUUUAUACUACAUUUAAUGCGGAGUUGACACUUGAAUAAGUCUAUUUAUUUAUUUGUUGGGAGAUGAGCUGUAUUUUAUGUAUGUGUGGUAUAGCAGGGGAAUUGUUCUACUAAGCCUACGAUAGAUUUCAUGUGUACAAGAUAUGCUCUCGAUCUGCUUUAAUAUAGUUGUUAUG